AGCAUAAAUAGGACGUUACUAGUUUUAGGAAUGGAUUAGAUGUCACUAAAUACUCAUGAACAGCCUGCACAAAAAUAAUGAAGAUGGGUUACUUUCUGGAGGACGGAAGAUAGGAACUUUUAUAGUUUUGGCAGAUGGAUCAGUAGAGUUAGUCAGCAUCCAGUCACAAGAAGUUUUCAACGAACCAUGGCUACAGCAGGAGAAGGGUCAGGAAGUGAUAGCACAGGGAAGCUUAACAGACUUGCAUCUGAGAAGAGUCCAUAUCUACUGCAGCAUGCAAGCAAUCCUGUUGACUGGUAUCCAUGGAGUGAAGAAGCUUUCAGUGUAGCCAAAAGAGAAAACAAGCUGAUUUUUCUUAGUGUAGGCUACUCAACAUGCCACUGGUGUCAUGUAAUGGAAAGGGAGAGCUUUGAGAAUCCAGAUAUAGCAAAAAUAAUGAAUGCAAAUUUCAUUAAUGUUAAAGUGGAUAGGGAAGAACGACCGGAUGUGGACAAAGUUUAUAUGACAUUUGUAACAGCUUCUAGUGGCAGGGGAGGCUGGCCAAUGAGUGUGUUUCUUACUCCUGAUUUGGUACCUGUUGCUGGUGGUACAUAUUUCCCUCCUGAGGAUCGCUUUGGUCGUAGUGGUUUUGGAACGGUGCUGAAAAGUUUGUCUCAAAAGUCUGUGAGCGGGAGUGGUGGAUGGCCCAUGAGUGUUUGGUUAACUCCAGACCUCAAGCCCAUAUAUGGAGGUACUUACUUCCCCCCUAACAACCGGUACUAUGGUCAUCCAGGAUUUACAGAACUUCUUGUGUCCAUUGCAUCUCAGUGGAAAGAAGAUGAAGGGAAAUUCAAAGAAUCAGGAAAGAAGAUUAUGGAAGUGCUGGACCGUACAUCUCGUUUAUCUCUAUCUGCACAAUCAGAUUUGCCAGGAGAGGAGGCAAUUGCCAGAUGCUAUGCUCAGCUAUCAAGAUCUUACGAACCCCAGUAUGGAGGAUUUGGAGAGUCUCCUAAAUUUCCACAGCCUGCAAAUUUCAAUUUUCUCUUUACAUACUAUGCACUGAAUCCUGACCAAGAUGAUGCAAAGAAGAGUUUGGAAAUGGCACUCUUCACUUUGAAGAAGAUGGACCAAGGAGGCAUUCAUGAUCAUGUGGCUCAAGGAUUUGCAAGGUACUCAACUGAUGAAAGGUGGCAUGUUCCUCAUUUUGAAAAGAUGCUAUAUGAUCAAGCCCAAUUAACCUGCUCUUACCUAGAUGCUUAUGUUAUCACUGGUCAAUCAAGAUUUGCUGAGGUUGUGAAGGAUAUACUGACUUACGUGACAAGAGAUCUCAGUCAUCCAUGUGGCGGAUUCUACAGUGCUGAGGAUGCUGACUCAUUACCAACACAUGAUGCCAAAGAAAAACGUGAAGGUGCUUUUUGUGUUUGGACUUAUGAGGAGAUCAAUCAGCUUCUGGCUGUUCCUGUAAAGGAAGGUCAUGACACUACCCUGGCUAAUGUAUUUUGUCAUCACUUCUCUGUUGCAGAAGGUGGUAAUGUGAAUCCAUAUCAGGAUCCUCAUGAUGAAUUGAAGAAUCAAAAUGUUCUUAUUGAACACUCUAGUAUUGAAGAGACAGGAGAGGAGUUUGGUCUAAGUGAAGAGGAAUGUAAAGCUGCACUUACAAAGUCUUGCCAAAUACUGUAUGAUAUUCGACAAAAAAGGCCAAAACCACAUUUGGAUGACAAGAUGUUGACGUCUUGGAAUGGAAUGAUGCUAGGUGCCAUGGCUAGAGCUGGAGUUAUUCUUGGUGAGAAAUCUUACAUAGAGAGAGCUAUACAAGCAGCUGAUUUUGUUAAAACUUAUCUUUUUAAAGAUGGGUUGUUACUUAGAUCAGCCUAUUCCAUGGAAGAUGGUCAGGUUUCUGUUGGUUCAUGUCUUGAAGGGUUUGUUGAUGAUUAUGCAUGGAUGAUUCGAGCUUUUCUAAACCUGUAUGAAGCUACUCUUGAUACUUCAUGGCUUGAAUUAGCAGAAGAAUUGCAAGAUAAGGAGAAUGAACUGUUCUGGGAUACACAGGAGGCUGGUUAUUUUAUGACAAAGGCAGGAGAUAGCUCCAUCUUAUUACGGAUUAAAGAAGAUCAAGAUGGAGCUGAACCAUCAGCGAAUUCAGUAUCUGUAGGUAAUUUAUUGCGUCUGAGUCCACUUCUUGAUCGUGCAGACUAUAGGGAAAAAGCAGAAGCUAUUUUUCAGUUGUUUGCUGAACGACUAAACAAGAUACCUAUUGCUCUCCCAGAAAUGACAACAGCUCUUCUUAUUCAUAAAAAGCAUCCAGUACAGAUAAUUCUUGCAGGGAAGAAAGGCACUGAUGCAACACAAAAAAUGCUACAAGCAGUUCAUGGACACCUGAUUCCUAGCCGUGUUAUCUUGCUUGCAGAUGAGAAUCAUGAGUCAUUGCUGUAUAAUCGCCACUCUUCUCUAAGACACUACCACCCAAAAAAGCCUGACGAAACAGUUGCCCAUGUAUGCCAAAAUUUCAGGUGCUCAUUGCCAGUUAGUAAUCCAGAACAGCUGGAAGAAACACUCAAUAAUCCAUGUUUUGUAGUGGAAUGAAAUGUUUAAAGCAAUAUCAAGUAUUGGCAAUGAA